CACAAAGCGUAGAAGAAGAAUAAAAUAAUAAAAAGAGGAAAAAAGGAAAAAUAAUUUUCCCACCCGUUUUCUCACUUGCCAAACAGUCCUCCGAAUCUCCCGAAUUCUCCAAUCUACUUGUUCCUCUUCUGCUUCUCUCAAUUGGUCUUCGUUUUUCUCCUGAUUUUUCUCCCAACCCGAUCCGAUCCCGACACGAACAAUUCUAUGACAAAAAUCUGAAAAAGCAACAAAAAAUUUGAAAAAAAAAAAAGAGAGAGAGAGAGAGAGAUUGAGCUGUUUGCAAAUGGGUGAGGAGGUAAGGAUGAGUGAGUACGAAGGCGCUGGUAGCGGCGGCGACGACGAGGCGCGGGUUUCAGAGUGGGAGGCGGGGCUGCCGAGCGCUGAUGAUUUGACUCCGUUAUCCCAGCCGUUGAUUCCGAUCGAAUUAGCCUCGGCCUUCAGCAUCUCGCCGGAGACCUGCCACACGGCCUUCGACGUCAACCGCGCGUCGCAUAAGACGGUCUCGACGCUCCGCGGCGGCGCCCACUCCCAAGGGUUCUCGUCGUCGAACUACAAGUCGUUCGACGAGAACCGCAGCGACGACGUGGUGGAGCCGAUGGUCGUGGAGGUGGACGAGAGCGGCGAGAGGUACGGAUCCGAUUCGAGAAAGUCGCGGAAGGUCGAUUGCAGUACGGAGGAGGCGGAUUCGGCGCUGAGGACCGAGAAUUUCUCGCCGGACGACAUGUCAGCACGGACGCUGAAGCGGCCGCGGCUGGUGUGGACCCCGCAGCUGCACAAGCGGUUCGUGGAAGUGGUGGCCCACCUGGGGAUCAAGAACGCGGUGCCCAAGACGAUUAUGCAGCUGAUGAACGUCGAGGGAUUGACACGCGAAAACGUCGCCAGCCACCUGCAGAAGUACCGCCUCUACUUGAAGAGGAUGCAGGGCUUAUCCGGCGACGUGGGGUCCUCCUCGUCGGACCAGCUUUUCGCCACCACGCCGGUACCGCAGAGCUUACGCCACGAGUCUGGCGGUGGCGGCGGUGGCGCUGGGGGCUCGGGUCAGGCGGGUCAGGGUCAGAGCCACGGGCACGCAAAUGGGCAGUUUUCGUUUCCGAUGCCGUACCCGCCUGCCGGGAUGAUGCAGAUGCCGGUCCUCGGGAUGAACCACGGGCACAUGGGCAUGCCAGGCGGUGCGGGCGGUCACGGCGGUGGGUACCAUGGGUUCGAGUCGCACCACUACAACAUGGGUUCGAUGGUUUCGUACCAACAUGCUGGUUCUAAUGACAAAUGAUAAAUCUUUACACAUUAAAGUUGAGAUUCAGACGUUUCAGCAUGUUGGUUGAAGCUAACUCUUUGAACUCAACCUGUAAGCUUGCUUGAUUGGUAAUCCCGAACCUGACAGGCAUGGGAAGGGUUCUUAGGAAUUAUGUGGAGAAACUUUAGAGGCAUAUGGGUUUUGAAUGAACAGCCAAUGUAGCAAAACUCCCCUCAUUAAAUGUAUACUCCUAUUCCAAGUUACGUAACAGGGGGAGGUUCAUUCCCAGUCUACAUUGUUGACACUGAGGGCAUCGAGCACAUCCCUGACCUGUUCUUAGUUUAUAUAUUCUUUGUAUCAAUAAGGUAUUAAGCCUUUUCUUUCCAGAUUCAAUGGAAAGAAGUCAAUAAAGAUAUAGCAAUUGUCUGUUACCUGUC